UUCCAUGGUUCAUUCAGUUGUGCCUCGGGCCGGGUGGUGUUGUGUGUGCCGCUCACGUAGGAUAAGUCCAUGGCUGAACUAAUCCGUGUUAUAGCCAGGGACGUGAAUGGAAACCUGUUGCUGCCUUGAAAAGUGGUGACCAUGGAAACUAUUGCAUUUCACACUGAAAACCAAUCAAGAAGACGGAUUUUACGGUACUCUAUGUGAUUUUAUAUAUAUAAAGUUGCGAUGUUAGAUACGACAUCAUGAAAUUAUAAUCUGGAUUUCUUAUCGUUUGCAUUCCUGUUAUGAGAAUACCCGAUAUACAGUCCUCCAAGUGAUAAGCGUGUCAAAAUGAAUAUAGAUAAGGUGGCAAACACGCCUCCGCUGGCCAUGUCGGAAGGCUGGCCAGCAAAGGACAUAACUUUGAGUGGUAGCCAGGAAGCCGCCUCCAACGAAAGUGCGGUGAAAACAGGUGGAGGCGCUGCCGUGUCUGAAGAAAAACCAGAGCGACAUAACGUCGCUGAUCCCUCCCAGUCACCGGCCCACCAACGCCCGGCCACCUCGCCCUUCCUACCCGUUGACCCAAAGCCAUCCCCUCGCCUCUUGGCGGUCCAAGAGGAUGAAGCCGGGGAUUCUGACUCCGAUGAUCCCAGCCAGGCGAAGACGCUGGCCUCGAAGACGGCGUCUUUCUAUAUCGGUGGCGACGAAACACGAUCGCCGCCGCCGCCUCGAGUCGGAAAGCAGAAUCCGGUGACUACUGCCGCGCCGGCUGCCCCGUGGAAGGUGCCGGGAGAGGGGACUGCGGUGGUAGAGUUCACUCCUCCUGACGGAGGGUACAGCUGGGUGGUCGCGCUGGCCGCCUGCUUUAUUAACCUCUGGAUUAUUGGCUUCGUCAAGAGCUACGGUGUUCUCUAUGUAGCGAUUCGUGAAGCGUUUCCUGAGGCAUCAGCGUACCACAUCUCUUGGUUGCCUUCCCUCCUCUCCACCGUUGGCCUCCUUACAGCUCCCGUCACGGGCAUCAUGUGCCGACGCUUCACUUCGCGAAAAGUGUCCUUCUUCGGUGGUUUCCUCUGCUUCUUGGGGCUCCUGCUGGGGUCACAGGCCGUCAACAUAAACCACCUCAUCUUCUCUGUCGGCCUUCUUACGGGUCUGGGCUCCGGCAUCACCACAACGUCAGGGAUCCUCAUCGUCUCUCUUUACUUCGAGCGUCGGCGCACCUUCGGCUCUUCCAUUUGUCUCUCCGGAAAUGCUUUGGGGGGCUUCUUCUUGCCACCGGUAGUGGACCACCUUCUGAAGACCUACGGGCUGCGAGGUGCCUUGCUCAUUUUGGCUGCCCUGCAGCUACACAUCUGUGCUGCCUCCUUGCUCUUCCGUCCAAUCUCCCACCACGCCAUCGUGCAGGCUGCCGAACUGAAGAGAAAGGCUCGUACUGAAAGCGCAAAGGAUCAGUUGAUUCCUUCAGUCACAGCCUUCCCACAGUCUCGCGCCUCCCCGCCCUCACACCUCAAGGCCUUCUGGUGGAGGGUUAGGCAGCGUUAUGUCAGCUCGGAAAGCGUCAAAGAACAAGAACUGCAGCAUCAGGUUUCCUUCUUAAGAUCUGCUUCCAUGAUGAACAGUGUCCCCAAUCUAACCCUCUAUGCCCGCUCCUGGUCGGUGCCCGGAGGUCCAAGCCUCACUGAAAGUCGACCUUCUUUCAUCGUGGGCAGCAAGUCCUCUCUUUCCAAUAAUUCAACCAGCAAGUGGUCCUUAAGCAAGCUCUCGCUGUUUGCAGAGCAUCCCAGCGUGCUACGUUUGAACUCUGAAGACGAAAGCACCGGAAGAUGUUCGCCAGUGCACAUGCAUCAGCACGGUGGCUCCCGCCGCUCGUCUCUUCCUCGUGUCCUGGGGGUGGGAGUUGAUCGCAGACCUUCACUCUCUCGCCAAACAUCGAUCCGCACGGUGCAGAACAGGAUUAUGGAGUCCGUCUUGGAGCAGGACAAGGAAGACACCCAAGAAAUUCUGCGAACAGCUCUCGCAGAAUGUAAUGAAGUGGAUGAAGACGAAAUAAUAGAAAGGGUGAAAGGGAGGAAGAAGGAAAAUAUGAAUGGGGUAAUUAAAAAAGAAACAAAAGAUAUUGAGAAAGAUAAGACUGUGCAGGUGGAAGAUGAUAAGGAAAUAAUAAGAAAAUCAAACUGUUGUGUUCAGUGUUUGCGAGGACUCUGCGACGCCUCGCUCUUCCAAGACGGAUUGUUUUGGGUGGUGGCCAUUUCCGUGUUCCUUGUAGCUUGCGGAACACCCUUCUCCUUGUUUUAUCUGCCUUCUUACGCAGAAUCUAUCGACAUUUCUUCCUCCGUCACCACCAGCAUGCUGUCGAUCUCGUCCAUCCUGGACUUGGUCGGCCGCCUGGGCUGCGGCUUCGUCUCGGAUCUUCACAUCUUUCAGCUUCACCACGUCUACUUCUUCAGUGCUCUCGCGGGGGGUGUGGCGACGCUGACCCUGCCGCACAUCACCAGCGCCUCGGGUCUCACUGCAGUCCUCUGCCUGUUCGGGUUCUCCAUCGGGUCCUGGUUCGUCCUGAUCCCCGCGAUGCUCGCCGCCCACCACGGGGCCUCCAAGCUGGCCGCCUCCUACGGCAUGGUCAGGCUAUUCAACGGCAUCAUGAACUUUAUAUCCCCACAGGCGACUGGCGUGGUGUACGACGCGACGCAGAGCUACACGGCGGUGUACACUGUCAUGGGCUCCAGCAUGGUGGCGGGCUCCGUGCUGGUGUUGUUGGCGCCGCUGUUCCGCCGGAAGAAGAAUAAAAACAGCGACAGUGCCAAUAAGGGAAUCACAAGUGAUGAAUACAAGAAAAAUUCCAAAGUGAAGGAAGAUAAUCCAGACGACAAUAUUGCAUAGGUGUUGGUGAGGGCGCGCCCUCCAUCAUCCCUCUGACUGCCUCAGCAAUUUGCGUGAUCGUUAUAAAUGGUGGCCGGCGCCCAUGGGGUCGAUAUUCCACGAUAGUGAAGGUGCAGGAAGUCGAGGCGAGUGUGGGCGCGUGGCGGCGAGAUACCUCGCAGCACGCGAGCCAGUCUGUCCGCCCAUCAUGUAAUCAAAUUCAAUUUAUAUUUGUUACAGUGAGCUUAGAAACUCAGAGAUAGGCUAUAUACGUAUACUAUUAUUCAUAGUCACUGGAGUGUAGUGAUAAAUGUAGUAGUUAUAUAAUGUAAACCAUUAUUUUGUAAAAUAAAAAGAUAGAUGUGUUGUU